AUGGCCGGGAUCGGUGGACUUGGACACUUGGGUGUUCAGUAUGCUAAGGUAUUAGGUGCGAAGGUUAUUGCAAUCGAUAAUCGCAAAGAAGGAAUCGACACUGCCUUGUCGACGGAAAAGAAGGUUAUCAAGGAGCUGCAAUCUUCUUUCUAUGACUCGAAUACUGGUGUCGAUCGUGUCAUCAUCAACACAGAAGUGCGAAACUUGAUCAAAUUCUCGCGGCAGUUCUUGCGGAAAGGGGGUAUCUUGGUUGAUGUUGGAUUGCCUUCAGAGUGGCCUUUGGAAGUCGACCCCUUCGCGUUGUCGUUUAAGGAAAAGACUGUGAAAGGGCGAUUGAUCUAUACACCAGAUCAAAGUCAGGAUAUGAUCAAUCUGCAUGAAAAGCACAGAUGUAAUACUCAUAUUGAGAAGACUUAUGGGGUUGAACAGAUCAAUGAGAUGUAUGAGCAUUAUCAGAAGAAGGAUUUGCGGGGGCGUCUUUGCAUGGUAUUUUGA